GGAAGGGAGGUUCCCGCCGGGCCCUGGAGCGGGACAGGAGCGGCCUGGGGCACGGCGGGCUGAGGACGCGGCCAUAAUGGGGCGCCGCAGCCGCGCUUCGGAGGGGAAAUCAUAGAGAGGACGCGGGAGGAGCAGCCGGCACCAUGGCGACCUGCAUCGGCGAGAAGAUAGAGGAUUUCAAGGUGGGGAACCUUCUGGGGAAGGGCUCCUUCGCCGGGGUCUACAGGGCAAUAUCCCUAAAAACUGGCCUGGAAGUGGCCAUCAAAAUGAUAGACAAAAAGGCCAUGCACAAAGCUGGAAUGGUACAGAGAGUUCAAAAUGAGGUAAAGAUACAUUGUCAAUUAAAACAUCCUUCUAUACUUGAGCUUUAUAAUUAUUUUGAAGAUAGCAACUACGUGUACCUGAUACUAGAGAUGUGUCACAAUGGAGAAAUGAGCAGAUAUCUAAAGAACAGAAUGAAGCCUUUCUCUGAAGAAGAAACGCGACACUUUAUGCAUCAGAUUAUCACAGGGAUGUUGUAUCUUCAUUCUCAUGGAAUAUUACAUCGGGACCUCACCCUUUCUAACCUUCUACUCACCAGUAAUAUGAACAUCAAGAUUGCUGAUUUUGGACUAGCAACGCAAUUGAAAAUGCCUCAUGAAAAGCAUUACACAAUGUGUGGAACUCCUAAUUACAUUUCUCCAGAAAUAGCCACACGGAGUGCACAUGGACUUGAAUCUGAUGUGUGGUCUUUGGGGUGUAUGUUCUAUACUCUUCUUAUUGGGAAACCACCUUUUGACACUGACACAGUCAAGAACACAUUGAAUAAAGUAGUAUUAGCAGAUUAUGAAAUGCCAACUUGUUUGUCAGGGGAAGCUCAAGACCUUGUACACCGGUUACUUCGUAAAAACCCAGCAGAUCGUUUAAGUCUUUCAUCUGUACUGGAUCAUCCUUUUAUGUCCAGAUAUAACUCGGCACGAAGUAAAGAUUCAGGAACCGUGGAGGAUUCAAUGGACAGUGGAAAUGCCACAAUCUCUACAGCCUUUACUGGCUCUUCCAGUGUCAGUGUAAGUGGUUGCUUGAAGGAAAAGAAAAGGCUCUUGGUUGGUCAGCCACUCCCAAAUAAAAUGACUGUAUUUCCUAAAAAUAAGAAUUCCAGUGACAUUUCAUCUGUGGAUGGAAGCAGUUCUUAUAAUCACUGGGGAAUUCAGGGAAAAGAAACUGGCAUAAGUGGUAGGGGAAGAACAAUGCAACUUAUUGAAGAGAGGCCACAUUCACGUUAUCUUCGGAGGGCCCAUUCUUCUGAUAGGUCUGGCGCAUCUCGCAGUCAGAUUCAAGGAAUAUCAAACACUGUGGAGAGAUGCCAUUCCAUAGAACUGCUUUCAACGACCAGAGUAGGAGUGAUGGAAAAUACAGAAAGAUUUUCACCUGUAAACAGCUAUGGUGAUAUUCCCCCUAUAUUUAAGGAUAAGACUUCCUGUAGUUCUGGUUCUUUUGAAAAGCACACAUCUCCACCUGUGAAAGACCAAACACACUCAAAUUAUCUCUGUCCAAUGAAGCCCAGUAUUGGUUUAUUAGAACAGAAGUCCCAGACUGAAACAAUGCAGCAGUGGCUUGGAAGCAUACAGACAAACGCUCAGCUGAGAGAGCCUCUGGAUCACAUCAGUACUGAUAACACAAAUGGAGGUUUCCGAUACCAUCUAGGUGUGCAGCAAGAAACAUCAAGAAAUGCCUGGAAUGGCUUAAAAGAUAAAAAAAAUCCCAGUGCCCCCAUUGACGUUGCACAUUCUAUAAAUGAGAUCAGUACAAAGAAAUAUACCUCUGGACUUCAAUGUAAAUCUGACAAAGCUCAACCAGCAACUUCAUUUGGUCUCUAUCCAACUUCAGAACAAGGAAAAAUCAGGGGCAAAGAACUAUUAGGACAUCAGAAACCUACACUGCGAAGUAUUGUAUCUCCUCUGAAUGCUCACAGGCUAAAAUCAAUCAGACAAAAAACAAAAAAUGCAGUGGUGAGUAUUUUAGAUGCAGGAGAAGUGUGUAUGGAGUUUCUGAAAGAACUCCAUUCCCAAGAGCUUGUGAAAGAAGUUCUCAGAAUAUCUUGUGAUGGAAGUGUGAUCACAGUUUAUCAUCCAAAUGAAGGAAGAGGCUUCCUUCUUGAUGAUGGUCCUCCCUCUCCUCCUGAAGAUGUUGUUCUAUACAACUUUGACAACUUGCCAGAAAAGUACUGGAAAAAGUACCAGUAUGCAGCCAAAUUUGUACAGUUGGUAAGAUCCAAAACACCAAAAGUUACCUUCUAUACAAGAUAUGCUAAGUGCAUGUUGAUGGAGAAUUCACCUAUUGCAGAUGUUGAAGUUUGUUUUUAUGAUGGGGCAAAAAUACACAAGACAGCAGGUAUUACUCGAGUGAUAGAAAAAUCUGGGAAAUCCUACACUUUGAAAGAAGAAAGUGAAAUUGGCCUGAAGAAGGAAGUACAAAUAUAUAUGGAUCAUGCAAAUGAGGGACACCGUAUUUGUCUUGCAUUGGAAGCUGCUGUUUUGGAAGAAGAAAAAAGAAGUGAAAGUGUUCCCUUUUUUCCAAUAAUUGUUGGAAGGAAGCCAGGCAAUACUGAAUCUCCGAAGGCUUUGGCACCUCCCUCUACUUUAGUGGAUGUAAACUGCGCAGCGAGAGAUGCUACCUCAGUGGAUAGAAAUAUAGCUGUGAGCUCUACUCCUUGUCAUGUUCCCAACAUAAAUCCUUCUAUAUCAUCUGAAGGCUCUGUGUUCACCACUACCAUUCCUGAAACAACCUGCUCCUCCAAUCAGCAAAAGGAGUGUAGUCCAAAUUCAGCCCAGCUUUUAAAAUCUGUAUUUGUGAAAAAUGUUGGUUGGGCUUCUCAGUUGACUAGUGGAGCAGUGUGGGUUCAGUUCAAUGAUGGAUCCCAGUUGGUAGCACAAGCAGGUGUCUCUUCUAUCACUUACACAUCUCCAAAUGGCCAGACAACUAGGUAUGGAGACAAUGAGAAAUUACCAGAAUACAUCAAAGAGAAGUUGCAUUGUCUGUCUUCAAUUCUUGUGAUGUUUACCAAACCAGCUGGCCCCCGCUGACAUUGGGCUAGAAGGCUUAAUAAAUAACUUGCUGGCAUUCAAGUAAAAUGACUGAUUUACUCAGCUUACCAGAAACUCUUAUAGUUCAGAAAUUCUACUCAUUGAUGUCUGCUAAACAGCAGGAAGGAAAGUGUUGCUAUUACAUCUAGCCAGUCAUUUGUGAAACACCUCUUACAAAUGUGUAAUACUUUCCUCAGAGGACACAAAGUUGUUCUACAUAAUAGAUUCUGGGCAAUCUCUGAGACUAACUGAUUCUUCAGGUAAAAAUCCCUGAACAAUCAAUCAGAAUUGUACAUAGUUUUUUGUGUCGUCGUCCCCCCCCCCCCACUGCUCAGUCAAUGCUGGCAAUCAAAGAAAAAGCAUUUGCACUGUUGAAAUAUUUGUACCUGUAAAUAACUUGUAUUUUAUGUGGCUUACAAGUAAUAUAUGUAAAAAUAUACAUUGUUUUAUACUUGUUUUAUAUUUUUGUAGCAACAGUUUCUAAUGAAAUUUCCCUGCAAAAGCAUUUUAUAAAAAAAAAAUAAAUGCAGUGGUAAUUUUCCAGAUCAUUUGGUUCAUUUAACUAAACCAUUGCCUAGGGCAUUCUCAGAUGAUGGCACACUGAUGUGUGUGGGGUGUGUGUGUAUGUGUGUGAGUAAAAAGGUACAACUUUAGUUGUAACAUUCUGAUACUGAAUAAAGUCCCUGGGCACAUCACCUCUGAUUUUGGCCCACUGAAUCCAAGGGUGUAUAAGGACUGGAAAAAGUGCAGCUGAAUGGUGUAGAAAUGCCAGGCUUAUUAGGCCACACCCUAUCCAUAUAAUAUAUGGAGAUAUACCUAUCUCAUAGAACUGGAAGGGACCCUGAAAGGUCAAGUCCAGCCCCCUGCCUUCACUAGCAGGACUAAGUACUGAUUUUGCCCCAGAUCCCUAAGUGGCCCCCUCAAGGAUUGAACUCACAACUCUGGGGUUAGCAGGCCAAUGCUCAAACCACUGAGCUAUCCCUCCCCUCCUCUAACUUGCAUGCUGAGAAGCUGAAAAAAAUUCAAGUUACACCUACUUAUGAUCAUUGUCUAAUUUAUACUUCCUUUGGGUAUAGAUCACCUCUGCAUUUGGCCUAGUACUAUGGUGAAUUCUUCUUAGAUUUACAGAAUUACUGAUUUUUUUCCCCACAUAGGAAGUACUAUGCCAGUUAUUUUACAUUGUAAAUGCUAUUGUAGUUCAAAGUAUAGCUACAUGUAGUUUUUUCCCCUAAUUCAGACAAAAUUUCAAGAAUUUUUAUCAUGUACUGGGACAUGCGGUCUAAGAAUCAGCUAUGUAAGUGGAGUCAACCACAGAGCUCAAGUUUCUCUGCUUAAUUUACUUUAAAUCUAAACAUACUUCUGUAGUGUCAUUUUAAUUCUAGCUAGCUUCCUAGGCAAAAUGAAUUAGUACAGAUAAGCAAAAAAUACAGCAACACCCUUUUUAAUAAUGGUCAAAGAUCCUUGAAAAAGUAUACUCAAAUAUUACAUGUUUUAGAGCAGAGAGAAUCUACUGGUCACGCUUUCUGUAUUGUAACUAGAAAAUGCAGAAAGUGGCUAAAGUGAAGUCUUUCUAAAGCAGGUAAUAUCUCAAAUAAUAAACCUGUUAGAGAAAAAUGUCUUAUACUUAAAUUAGCUAUUGCCACUGUGGAAAAGUGUAUAUUUGAUAUCUCAGAUCAGUGUAAGGAAGGAUUAUUGUUGGUUGUGGAAUUUGUAAUUAAUUAAAUUAGUUACACUAUUAAUUCAACUGGUGAAAGAUGCCAUUGGCCUAAUAUACUAACCUCCUUCUCCAUCAAAACUGAGCUUGCUUGUGGUUGGUUCAUGCCACGGAACUAGCAGUCUUUUAGGCCUGACCUCUUUAACAACAAGCAGUUGUGGAGCAGAACAAAAUGGAGAAAGCUGGCAGGACUGCAUCUGCCCUGACUAUGUUGUAUUGCUAGGCUUGUAUAUAUCCCCAGUCAGUCUCACAUUCACCUGAAAAUGUCAUUUUUUUUUUUUUUUUUUUGAGGGGGUGUGUGGGUGGGGUUAGAAGCCUCAAACCUUCACAUCUAAACAGUCUUAAAGCUCAUAAUGAAACAGUGUGGUUGGCCAGUCUUGGAAGGGUGAGGGGGAUACAUUGGCAAUCUGAAAUUUGUCCCAAUAUUAAUAAAAGCAAACAUUUUUCAACUUUCACUUAAGUUAGCCAAUAUGCACAUGCAUUACUUGAAAACUUGUUUGUGAAAUAUUCAAAUUUUGUGGGUUAUUCUGUAAGAUGUCUAUCAGUUGUGAUGAAAUUACAGUAUCUUGAAGUGCUUAUGUAGUUUACAAGUAUAAUUCUUAUUUAUUUGUGUACUUGUGUUACCCAGCUGCUUUUUGAAAAUCCCACCCUUAUUGCACAUCCAUCACAGGGAAAUUACGACUUAUUUAUUGAUCAAUAUGGAGAAGCUGUAGGAAAGAUAUGUAGGUACUCUUCCAUCUUUCUCACAAUCUACAUAUGUAAACAGUCAGAUAAUUGGUCUUUGGAUUUUACUUUCAUUUAAAUGGCUUUGAACAGUUUUGCUGACCUGGGAAGCCAAGCACUGAACUGAUAUUAUUCUGAAGGAUGUCUGGCUGCCUUAGAGCGUUAUACAUCUACACUGUCUUUCAAAACUUGUAACUGUCAUCUUUUAAAUAAAUGAAUCUGGUUGACAUUGGUGAAUGGCAAAACAGAAACCAAUUAGCCUUUUGAUUAAAAGAUGUAUGCAGGGGCCUCUGUGCUCUAGAUAAUGGGUUUUAAUCAUCUGAUAUUUGUAUCUAUUAAUAAGCUCUACUUUUAAAGCAUUAAUUUUUUGGUUAACUCUAAAGCAGGGGUCAGCAACCUUUCAGAAGUGGUGUGCCAAGUCUCCAUUUAUUCACUCUACUUUAAGAUUUUGCAUGCCAGUAAUACAUUUUAAUGGUUUUUAGGUCUAUUUCUAUAGGUCUAUAAUAUAUAACUAAACUGUUAUUGUAUGUAAAGUAAAUAAGGUUUUUAAAAUGUUUAAGAAGCUUCAUUUAAAAUUAAAUUAAAAUGCAGAGCCUCCCAGACCAGUGGCCAGGACCCGGGCAGUGUGAAUGCUACUGAAAAUCAGCUCACGUGCCGCCUUCGGCAUGAGUGCCACAGGGUGCCUACCCAUGCUCUAAAGCAAUUCCUUUCACUGUAAAAAGUUAUUUUAAGCUACUCACUCAAUGUACAAAUCUUUCAGAAUUAUUUAUAUCGUGAAACAAAAACAAGACUUUUGUGAUUUAAAUUGCUAGGCAUACUACCUUUCUAUUAAAUAUUGCAAAACACGUUUACCAUUUCUGCAUAUUAGGAAAUGCACUUUUCAACACUCAGCCUACCUCCCUGUAACAUUGCAACUUACCUUUUUGUCCUGAAAAAUUUUCAUGACUCAGAGUAGCAUCUGUUUUAGGUCAAGUUAAGUCAAAUUAACUGCAGCUAAUGCAAUGUCCCUCUUCAUCUUAUUGUAUUGUUCAAUUCUCCUUUUAAUGGUAAAUUUAUUGGGAAUACAGGAAGCUUUUGUAUGUAGUAGGUGGGGUCUUCACAUCUACAAAUCCCAGGCAUUAAGAUUAAAUCAUUUCUGCUUAGAUUUUUUUUUUUUUUACUCACUUUAUUCCAAGUU